ACUCGACGCCGGCAGAUGGCGGCGCGUCGCCCAAGUAAAUCGAGAGCCGGCGCUAGAAUGUUUUCCUCGGCUCUCUCCGAUCAAUGCCGUCCGUCAUAGCGGCUCCGUCCUUUAAAAUAUCAGGGCCGUCGGCGCGUCUCGUCACGUCGCGUCGUUUUCCCGUUUCCGCCGGUUCGAGUCUCCUCUCUUCUCGUCGUUUUCGCGCGGCCCACGGCACGAUCUCGGCAUCUCGGCGAUGACGCUGCAGGCGAUCACCUGGGACAACGGCAGGCUGGAGAUCUUGGACCAGACGCUGCUGCCGGAGACCACGCGCUCCGUCCUCAUCAGCGGCGUGGAGGACGGCUGGCACGCGAUCAACAAGAUGCAGGUACGAGGCGCACCAGCCAUCGCUAUCGUGGGCUGUCUCAGCCUAGCGGCUGAGAUACUGCCCGAAGAUAUCACAGAUAAGAAACGCUUUCGCCAUGAGAUCGAGGGUAAGCUCAACUACCUGGUGUCGGCGCGUCCGACCGCCGUUAACAUGAAGACGGCAGCCGACGAGCUCAUCACUCUGGUCAAUAGCCUUAGCAAGAACGACAAAGUCACAGCGUGCGAGAUGAAAGACAGAUUCAUAAAUACCAUAGUUGCCAUGCUGGAGAAAGACGUGGCGGACAACCAGGCGAUCGGCAAUUACGGCGCGGACGAGAUCCUACGUAGCGUGUCCGGAGACAGCUUCAUCAGGAUCCUCACACACUGCAACACCGGCAGUCUCGCCACCGCGGGAUACGGUACCGCUUUAGGUGUCAUCAGAUCUCUUCGCAAGAGGAAGAAACUCGAUCAUGUGUACUGCACUGAAACGAGACCGUACAAUCAAGGCGCCCGUCUGACUGCCUACGAACUGGUGCACGAUAAGAUACCGGCCACCCUAAUUUGUGAUAACAUGGUUGCUGCGCUAUUGAAGAGCAAGCAGAUCACGGCGGUGGUCGUGGGGGCUGAUCGGGUCUCCGCGAACGGCGACACCGCCAACAAGAUCGGCACUUAUCAGAUCGCGAUCCUCGCGAAAUACCACAGUGUUCCUUUCUACGUGGCCGCGCCACGCACUUCCAUAGACUUUACGAUAGCCAGCGGCGAUCAGAUCGUCAUCGAGGAGCGACCUGAAAAGGAGAUGACGCACAUCAAGGACCAAAGGAUCGCGGCGCCGGGUAUACAGUGCUGGAAUCCGGCGUUCGACGUGACACCGGCGCAUCUUAUCGCCGGCAUAAUCACCGAAGUGGGUGUUUAUCGGCCGGAAGAACUCAUACGACUGAGAGCGGAGGAAAGCUUGGAACGGACAAGAAUUUCAUAAACUUUUUAGACUCAAGAAAGCUUGCGUGCGAAGUAGAAAACUCAGGGAAAUCAAUUAAAUCGAUCGGUGAGAGAGGCUAAUAUCGGAGAAAAUCGUCGUAGUGCUUUGGAGCUGCGAUAUCUCAAUGCCCGCGUAAUUUUGUAUCGCGAUUUUUUCAACUUCUAAGGAUAAUCAGGUACGCUAUUGCACUACUGUUAUAUAUACACGAUUGUUACACUAUGCUGUUGGUUGUGUGUCGACGGAUUUUCAGAGAUUUGUAUUUUAUUGAAUAAAUAGAUUUUAUUACGCA